AUGCUUGUUGAGGGAGUUCGGAAAUGGACCCUUGAUGAUGAGAUCAUGCUCUUCAAUUUAGUAUGUGAUCAUAAGCCCGCAGGGAAGAACAAACAUCGUAACAUGGUCCAGAUAAUUGAUAAAAUUAACAAACAUCUUCCCGCGGGAGAACAGCAGUUCACUGCGUCGGAAAUAUGGGAUAAAUUAGAAGAGCUUUAUAACUUGGAUCGUGUUGAUCAAAUAGAAGAGUUUGAAUCCACUGAUGAAAGUAAAAAGGACCGUGAAACAAGGUCAAAGGCAUGGCACAAACCACGUACUCGGUCGCAAGUUACAGAAACAUCAGAUAGCGGUGAAAGUGAUAGACGAAAACGACAUAAUGCAAGUACCCUGGUUACACCUAUAGAAACUGAAGAAAAUGGUACAGAUGCAAGUGAACCAGAUUCGAAUGAAAAUGAAGCUGCUACACCAGCAUCUGACAAUAACACUGAGCCUGUUGCUAUAGACAAAGAAGCCAGUCCGGUUAAAUCUGGUCACACUAAGCUGGAAACACAGGAAGAGAAACUAUCUGAAACCAGUACAGAUGAAAAUCAACAGGAUGAAGAAGAAGCAGAAGGAAAAAAUGACAAUAAUGAAGGUGAUGGUGACGAUGCAGAUGAAGCAGAAGAAGAAACAGAAACCGAAACUGCUUCCAAGAGGAUUACAAGAAGAGCUUCUCGUAGAGCAGCUAAUUCUGAUGUUGAAUCAACACCAAAGCCUCUGGCUAAGAAGAGAACCCGUUCAGUAUCGAAACAAGUUUUCCCAGAAGAGACUCCGGUAUCGAAAAGACGGAAAACAGCUUCGCCAGUUCCUCAAACCCCUGCUGCUAAAAGACGUACUCGGUCGACCGAUGUUACCAAAGAAACAGAGGAAUUUGAUAAUGAACAAACAGAGCCUCCUAAACGUCGCAGAUCAAUGAGAGCUCUAACGACAAAGGAAUCGGCUCCAAAGACUCCUGUUAGAAGAAGCACCAGAAGAAAGUAA